GGUGUUCUUGGAUCAAAGGAUGCUUAUCCUCUGCUUCAGUCUUGGUUCUGGUGAAUGGGAGCCUACUGAGGAGUUCCAAAUGUCAAAAGGAUUACGCCAAGGUGAUCCGUUAGCCCCCUUCUUAUUCGUUGUUGUGGCAGAGGCUUUAAAUGUGUUAAUUGGUAAAGUGAUAGAAGAAGGACUAUUUAAAGGUGUGACAAUGGGUUCAAGGGGUAUGGAGAGUACACAUUUACAGUUUGUUGAUGACACUAUUCUGUUUUGUGAGUCAUCAAGUGAAAACAUAUGGGCCAUCAAGUGCAUCUUCAGGAGUUUUGAGCUUGUUUCAAGUUUGAAGGUGAAUUUCUUCAAAAGCUUCCCUGCUGGAAUCCAUAUUAAAGAGUCAAAGUUGAACGGAAUGGCUGAUACGCUUAAUUGCUUGGUGGGAAGCAUACCUUUUAUUUACCUCGGCAUUCCUGUUGGGGCUAAUCCAAAGAAAAUUGCCACUUGGGCCCCUGUAAUUGAUUGUUUUAGAAGGAAGCUUGCCUCCUGGCGUUGUGAUUCCCUGUCCUUUGGUGGGCGAAUAGUUCUCCUAAAUUCUGUCCUUUCAAAUCUCCCUGUUUACUACUUCUCAGCCCUCAAAGCACCCAAAAAGGUAAUUAAUUUACUAUCUUUAAUCCAAAGGAGAUUCCUGUGUGGGGGGGGUAGUGAAGAAAAGAAUAGAAUUGCUUGGGUUGGUUGGGACAAGAUUUGUAGGAGUAGGUUGGCAGGUGGGCUUGGAGUGAAGAAUCUAGGUUGUUUCAAUCAGGCUUUACUUGGUAAAUGGAGAUGGAGGCUCUUAGAGGAUAAAAAACUUUUAUGGAUAAAGGUCAUAAAGGCUAAAUAUAGGAUAGAUAGAACUAAGUUAUAGGAAGGGGAUUUUUGGGAUGUUAGUAGUUCUAGUUGGUGGAAAGGUUUGUGCAAAAUUGAUUCUUCGCCUAUGAGUAAAAUAGGAUGGUUUCA